AUGGACACAGAGCAGGGCAUGAGAUACAAAUUCAAACAUCUGCCCAGCAUUUCCACACGCACAUGCCCAGCCCCAAACGGUGCACUCGCAGGCCUGCAGUCCACAACAGCACACAAGCACCGCAAGCCUGUAGACCUGUCCCAGUUCUCAUUCUGGCAAUUAAAGGUGUGCUCACUAUGUGUCCUUACUGCACCCUUUGACUCUCAUGUGUCACUGUGUCAGGAGUUCUUGGACAGGCGUAAAAUGACGGAGUUUGGUAGCCUGGCACUAGUGGACGAAGGUGCAGGAGAUGGCGACGGAGUUGAACUCCGCCUGCCUGGAGUCAGGAGAGGCGACAUGAGCUCCCGUCACUUUAAGCCAGAGAUUCGUGUUACCUCUCUCCACUUCUCCCCCACUGGGCGCAGCUGGGCCACAGCCUCCAUGGAGGGAUUGCUCGUCUACUCCCUAGACACCUCGCUGGUGUUUGACCCCUAUGACCUGGACAUGGACGUUACACCAGUCAGCGUACGUCAUCAGUUGAAGAAGAAGGAAUGGACAUCAGCCAUUGUGCUAGCUUUUCACCUGAAUGGGACCAGUUUAAUUAGAGAAGUGCUGGAAUCUGUGCCUUACAACCAAACGGAAUUGGUAUCCAGCUCACUGCCAGAUGUUUAUGUGGAGAAGUUGCUGGACUUUGUGGCCUCAUCUCUGGAGAAGUCCAGACAUCUGCAGUUCUACCUCACAUGGGCCCAGAACCUCCUCACCUUGCAUGGGCAGAAGCUCAAGAGCAGGUCAUCAGCAAUACUCACAACCAUUCAGCAGCUGUUGAAGAGCAUCCAGAGGCACCACGAUUACCUGUCCAAACUCUGCGACUGGAACAUAUACACCAUCCGCUACACCGCGGCCCUGGCCAAACAGAGAGGGAUGAAGAGGACCGCAACAGACUGUCUCGUCGAUGAAGAGGUGGACGAGGCAGAGGUCAUGGACUCGGAGGACGAAGAGGAGGAUAUGAGUGAUCCAGUCAUAGUGGAAAGCUAAUACUCCUCCAGACCCCAGCAACCACCCAAACCUACAUCAGAAUGACAUGGGUAACCAGCAGAAUGUGGGCCAACACAGAACUGUAGGGUUUGACUGGGAAGAUUGAGGAUGAUGCCUUGUUUGGUUAUUUAGAAGGGAGGUCUAAUGAACAUUCACCUACAUGCAAAGUAAAA